AUGAACAAGAACUCCUGCACCAUGGACUCCUGCCAGAAGGUAUUUCGGCAGUUGGAGCACGUGCUUUGGUCUUGGUGGACUGACAUCCCCUGGCUGAAUCUCGAUGUUGCUCGACGGAUGUUUGCGCAGCACGAGAAGUUGAAGCUGAAGGAUGUGACUAGCUGGAGGAAGGUUGCCCAAGGCAUUAACUUCCCACGCUUCGAGUACGUGGCGUACCAGAUGUGGACCAUGCUUCACGAGGGCCGAGUCCUCGGAUCACAGCCACAGGAAGAAUUCGAAUAG